AUGGCCAUGAUAGAUGAUAUAGCUGAAACUAUCCGUAUCAUGCAAGAUGCUAAUAUGAAACUAAACCCUGGGAAGUGCUGUUUUGGGGUAGAAGAAGGGAAAUUCCUGGGGGUGGUGGUCACUAAGGGUGGAAUCAAAGCUAACCCGGAAAAAACUCAAGCUGUGACUGAAAUGCGAUCCCCCAGGUCCUUGAAAGACAUCCAACAGCUGAAUGGAAGGCUAAUCGCCUUAAACCGCUUUUUAUCAAAAGUGGCAGACAGUACCCUUCCCUUCAUGAAGGUGCUGAAGGAGUGCCUUCAAACGGACAAGUUUAAGUGGACCUCUGAGGCAGAAACCGAUUUUCAAGAAAUGAAGGCUUACAUCUACAAACUCCCAACCCUAGCCACCCCAGUACCCGGGGAGCAUCUACUCUUGUAUCUAUCGGCCUCAAAAACAACUAUAAGUGCGGUUAUGAUGGUGGAACGGGAGGGAAAGCAGAUACCAAUAUAUUUCAUCAGCAGAACCCUCAAGGGCCCCGAUGAACGCUAUAUGCCCCUAGAGAAACUGGCUCUAGCUCUCGUCUUUGCAUCCCGAAGGCUCAGAAGGUACUUCCAAGGACAUAAAAUCACCUUAAUGACAGACCAACCCCUCCAAAAAGUGCUAAGGAGGCCGGAGUUGUCGGGGCGGCUGGCUAAGUGGGCCGUAGAGCUGGGGGAACACUUCUUGGAGUUCAAACCCAGGACAGCCAUGAAAGGACAAAUACUAGCCGAUUUCUUAGCAGAAGUCCCCGAGGAUGAGGAAAAAGAACUUUUAAGAUGGGAGGCCUUGGAAAGGGAAGAGAAAGAGAAGGAAGACGAGGCUGUGUGGAAACUACUCACAGACGGAGCCUCUAGCGAAGAAGGGAGUGGAGCGGGCAUUACGUUAACAAGCCCUGAAGGAGUUGAGCUAACCUACGCCAUCAGGUUAGAUUUUGAAAACACCAACAACACUGCGGAGUAUGAAGCCCUCUUGGCAGGAAUGAGGCUGGCCAAGAAAAUGAAUGCGAAGCAUAUAGAAGCCAGUACCGACUCGCAGUUAGUGGUCAAACAAUACCAAGGGGAAUACGAGGCAAAAGACAACACCAUGGCUCAGUAUGUAGCGAAGGUAAAAGAGACAACUGAAGCUUUCAAGACCUUCAAGUUAGAAUACAUCCCCCGCGGGAAGUACAGAAAAUCUGAUGCCCUCAGCAAACUGGCUUCUGUGGCAUUUGACCAUCUAGCCAGAGAAGUCAAAGUGGAGGUACUGACUUCCCCUUCUCUCAGCACAGAAGAGGUGGCUGCAGUCGAAAACGCACAAGAAACAUGGAUGACACCGAUUGCAAAAUUCCUCAGAGAUGGAACAUUACUCGAAGGAGACUGGGCAGCUAGGAAGGUAAGAGUUAAAGCCUUACAGUAUGAGCUGGUUGAUGGAGAACUUUACCGAAACUCAUACCUGGGCCCAUCCUUGAAGUGCGUCGACAUGGAAGAAGCUAAGUAUGUGAUCAGAGAAAUACAUGAGGGGAUUUGUGGAAUGCAUUCGGGGCCAAGGACGGUAGUAGCAAAGGCAAUGAAUGCGGGAUUCUAUUAG